AUGCGUUUGUGGCUACCAUUGACAUUGGCCAGUUUGGCAGCAGGCUAUGUUGUCAACAAAGACAAGACUUGCACACUAUACCCGGAAUCACUCAAACACGAUGGUCAGCCAGUCGACGAUGCGCCUUCAAUUCAAAAGGCCUUCGAGCUCUGCGGCACCGAUGGCAGGGUCAUUUUCGCGGCGAACCAUACAUUCAAUGUCAAUUCUGUCAUGAACACGACCAACUUGGUGAACUGUGACGUGUCUCUACGGGGCGAGCUCCGCUUCUCGACAGACAUUCCAUAUUGGCUUUCCCACUCCUACUCUGUGGUCUUCCAAAAUCAAUCUACCGCGUGGCUGUUCGGUGGUACGAAUGUCACUUUUCGAGGCGAAGAGGGUGGCUGGUAUAACGGCCAGGGUCAAGCCUGGUACACGCAAAACCGUAAUCAAAGCAACCAACCCGGUCGACCGAUUAGUAUCACAUUCUACAAUUCGACAAACCUGCUGGUGGAUGGAUUGACCAUUAUUCAACCCCAAUUCUGGGCAACGUUCGUCUGGCAAAGCAAGAAUGUCUCUAUUACGAACUUUUUCGUCAAUGCCACCAGCGACGAUGAGUGGGGUACCGUGAACACCGACGGGUACGACUCUUGGAAUAGCGACAUGUUACUUGUUGAGAAUGCCGUUGUCACAAAUACCGAUGAUUGCAUUGCUGUGAAGGGAAACACCACAAAUCUUGUUGUCAGAAAUGUUACCUGUCACUGGGGCUUUGGCAUGGCAAUCGGGUCUGUUGGACAAUAUCCCACAAUGCCUGACUAUGUGGAGAAUAUCACAUUCGAAGAUGUGAAAUGCUACAAUUGCAUGGAAGCAGCGUUUAUCAAAACAUGGCAGGGAGUUCCCGAAGAUAACAGCUCGAAUGGCGAUGGAGGUGGAGGUGGCAGUGGGCUUAUCAAGAAUGUGGUGUUCCGCAACUUCGAACUGACGAAUGUCGCCUUGCCUAUUCAGAUAUCUCAGUGUAUCUACACAGAGAAUGGGCAGAACUGCAACACGUCGAAGAUGGCAAUCGAGGAUAUCACAUGGUCCAACAUCAAAGGCACCUCGCGGUAUAACAUCGCUGCCUCGCUCUACUGUUCAGACGUGCACCCUUGCCCAGGUAUCAAGUUUGAAGAUAUCGAGAUUCAAUCGGUUAACCAUACUUUGGGGUUGCCCAUGUCUGACACGACAUUGCAAGAUGAGGUGUACCAGUGUACAAAUUUGGUUGACAGUUCGGGCGUACCGUGCAAUCGUGCUGCGCCUAGCAAUUAUGGACAGGUCGUGACUUCGAACGUGAAAGAUGAUGGGAGUAGCGUAGGAUAUUUGGGAGAUCCGAUAGUGGCAGCUAAUAAGGAGGAGCAGGAGAAACUUGCGUAUCAACACUGA